AAGAGGCAAAAAGGUUUAUUUGUCAUAGUAAUGUAUAAGAAACUGCCGAAUAAGAAACCAACUUCAGUGAAUAAGAAACUGGACGAAUAAGAAACCAACUUCAGCCUCGUCCUUAUUACACGUUACAGUAUUGGUACCUUUAACUUGGCACUCUGUUUGGCACUAUAUAUGGGGGCACUCUGACCUUGUGGGGGAAGGGCCAGUAUCCCUAACCGGUUCCAUGAAAUGUAAAGAAACCCUUCGGCAGAAGUCAUCACGUCUCCCGGGAUUUACUAAUACACCUUGCAUUGGACAGGUCUCCAGGAAAUAGGCGCUGCGGCUCAUGCCUGUCAUUCACUGUGGUAAAGGUCGCGAAGCUGAGCGCUGCGAUAGGUGGUUUGUCCCUUCCUGCUUUCCCUCGCUAGUGACACGGCUUCAACAUGGCGGCGUUUGCGGAAACAAGGAAACUUUAAUGGCUUUACCGAGAGAGCAGUAACUGCGGCCGUGCGUGGCAGCGGCAAGGCGCCGGCUGCUUGGUGAAAUGAGACAAAUCAGAAACGGUCUGCAAGUUGGACAUUCUCUAUGAAAACUGAACAAUCCAUUUUUUGUGAAAAAGACACUAGCCGCAGGUUUACAUGUGUAGGUCACUCCGUUACUGCGUUAGUCACUGUUUGCAUGCAGCAAUGACUCGACUGGAAGAGGCAAACCGAGAGGUCAACAUGCAUUCUUCUGUCCGAUAUCUGGGCUACUUAGCCAGGAUAAGUCUCUUAGUGGCCAUAUGUAUGGGCCUUUAUGUUAGGUGGGAACAGACGGCAGAUGCUCUGAUACUGGUCAUCUUUAUACUGGGGCUGUUCAUCCUUGGAAUUGCAAGUAUCCUCUACUACUAUUUUUCCAUGGAAGCUGCCAGUCUGAGCCUUUCUAAUCUUUGGUUUGGAUUUCUACUUGGUCUCCUCUGUUUUAUCGACAACUCAAAGUUCAAGUACGAUGGAAAAGAAGAAGCUACAAAGUACCUGCUUGUUUUCUCCAUCGGUAUAAGAACGAUGUGUGCUCUAGUGGAGAGAAUCUGUGGAUAUGCUCGCCAUCGUCCAACUCUCCUGACUUCGGCUGAAUUUUUGGAAUUAGUUGGCUUUUCCAUAGCUAGCACCAUCAUGCUGGUUCAGAAGUCCAUCAGCAUCAUCUUACUGGUCUCUGCAUUUGCUCUGAUAAUUAUUGACUUACGAAUGAAAUCCUUUCUUGCACUUCCAAAUCUGGGGACUUUUGCCAUCCUCGCCCCCUUGUUGUUUUUCCCAUCACUGGAUAUUCCUGUUAAUCCUUAUGCAUUGUCCUGCUUUUUCUGCUGCAUCAUCAGCGAGCCACUUCUUGAUGUCUAUUUUAGUGGUCUUUCUGUCACCGAACGGUGGAAGCCAUAUCUCUACCGAGGCAGAAUUUGCAGAAGGUUUUCAGUCAUCUCUGUUGGAUUGAUUGAAGUGGUAUUUUUUGUUCUUGCUGCCUUUAAACUAAGUGACUUAAAUCUUUGGUAUUUUGUCAUUCCAGGUUUCUCCAUCUUUGGUAUUUUCUGGCUAAUUUGUCAUAUUAUAUUUUUAAUUACUCUCUGGGGUUUUCAUACAAAGCUAAAUGAUUGCCAUAAAGUAUAUUACACACACAGAUCAGAUAACAACAGCCUUGACAGAGUUAUGGCAUCCAAAGGAAUGCGCCAUUUUUGCCUAAUUUCUGAACGUUUGGUAUUCUUCAGCCUCCUAGCAACAGCGAUUUUAGGUGCCGUUUCUUGGCAGCCUUCUAAUGGGAUCUUUAUGAGCAUGUUUCUGAUUGUACUACCGCUUGAGUCUAUGGCACACGGAUUAUUCCACGAACUCGGCAGCUGUUUGGGUGGAACCUGUGUUGGUUAUGCAGUUGUAAUUCCCACAAAUUUUUGCAGCCCUAAUGGACAACCUAUGUUACUUCCACCUGAACAUGUGCAGGAGCUUAACCUGAGAUCCACCGGAAUGCUGAAUGCUAUUCAGAGGUUCUUUGCUUCCCACAUGAUAGAGACCUAUGGAUGUGACUACUCUACAAGUGGGCUUACAUUUGACACCAUACAGACAAAAUUAAAGUCAUUCCUGGAGCUAAGAACAGCGGAUGGGCCCAGGCAUGAUACCUACAUAAUAUAUUAUAGUGGACACUCCCACAGCACUGGAGAGUGGGCUUUAGCAGGUGGCGAGACUUUACGCUUUGAGACUCUCCUGGAGUGGUGGAGGGAGAAGAACAGCACCUACUGCUCCCGUCUUUUCCUUGUGUUGGACACAGAAUGCUCACAGCCCUGGGUUAAGGAGGUCCGAAAAGUUAAUGAUCAAUAUAUUGCAGUUCAAGGAGCAGAAAUGGCUAGAAUAGUAGACAUUGAAGAGGCAGAUCCCCCACAGUUGGGUGAUUUUACUAAAGAAUGGGUGGAGUACAACUGCAAUCCUGACCACAACAUAAGCUGGUCUGAGAAAGGACGCACCGUGAAAGCAUUAUACGGCGUGUCAAAGCACUGGAGCGACUACACCCUCCAUCUACCGACAGGGAAUGAUGUGACAAAGCACUGGAAGAUUUAUUUUCCUCGCGUUACUUACCCACUAGUCCAUCUGGCUAACUGGUGCGGAGCACUCAAUAUUUUCUGGGUGUGUAAAGCUUGUUUUAAGUGUUUAAAGAGAUUCAAAAUGAAUUGGUUUCUUCCAGCGGUUCUUGACACUGGCCAAGGCUUCAAACUGGUCAGAUCCUAAUUGCCACCCAGAAUAAAGUAUUGUAUACUUGUUAGAGAUAUAUUUAGAUACUUCAGUACAUUUGUAAAGAGAUUUUUCACCCUUGCUGUUUCAGCCGUGCACUGCUCUGUUACAUCUGUCUGACAGAUACAUGUAUCUGUUAAAUUUUUUUACAAGUU